CGAGCAGAUCGGGGCGCAGCCAGCAAAGGCUGGUCGUCUCUCGCGGCCACGGCCAGGCGGCUUCAAAAGUCGCACUGCUUCGCAAGAAAUAUGGUUCUGUUUCGCCUCCUCGGAUUUUUGCCUAUCAUCCAUUGCCAACCUACAAUCCAACCCAUCCACAAUCCAUCGACAGUCGUUGCCGCGGCAGGUUAUUUGCUUUGCAACUUGUGAAAAUGGCGCCAAACGAUCAAGAUCCAAGCAAUCAGACAUUCCCACGGACAAAUACAGGUUUGUCAUAUACGUCGAUCAAACGGUCGGCAACCAACUUCCUGCACCUCGAAAGGACACCGCCAAAGCCGAAGCCUGUUACGCAGAGUUUCCCUUGUUAUCGAUUGCCAUGGGACACGUUGCGGACCUGGCUGGAGAGGCAGUUUCCAGGCCACACAUUCGAACGACGGGUUAGUGACGACCACUUCAUCUUCCAAACUCCCAGGGAAUUGACAGAUGGAGAACGGGCCGCAAUCUUGGACGAGAGGGACCAGUAGUACGAUUCCUCGACAGGUGCGGAACUCGGCGCUUGGUGGCCAAGUCUGGGCCCUGCUGGCACCUCGUGGCAACCGCGGAUUUGGUCCGACAUGGCGCCCGUGAUGCUCGGGCUGUGCCACCGGCAUGGGCGUGGAACAGUCAAUCUCAAGAGGCAGGCAGACUUGCAAACAGCACUGCCUGGUCUAUAUGUUUUCCAAUAUAUCAGCAUCCUCUUUGCAGUCGGUGAUCUUUCUCUGCUCCUCGGCUUCCAAGAUGCUUUUGUUUUUCUCGCUGUAAUUGCUCCAGCCAAGAAAGCCGUGCCAUUGAGACCUCCUUUCCCUCGCGAAGCCCUAAAAGAAUGGUCAUCAGCCUGACCCCUGAAUUUGAGGCAUCAUGUGCAGACAACCAGAAUUACCCAAUAAAUCUGGUGUACAAGAGCGCCUCUCUGUUCAAGCUCAGAUCUUUCAAGACACAGCUGGAUGAAGCUUCAACAAACCUCUUCUCGACGAGCGACCCCGGUGCAGAUGUUAGAUUUCUGGACUCGGCGCCACAACAGACACCUGGAACUCAGGCUGGACCUCGGAAUCAUGACUUCCAAGAGUUUAUUAUCAAUGGUGAUGCGACACUCCGUGGCCACCUAGGCAAUACAAUUUCAAGAGAUCCGCAGACUGGGACUCGGACGGGGCACCUGGCGACGAAGGAGGAUCCAAUAUGUCGGUUCAUCUUCAUAUGGGCUGCCCAUUCGAGAGCGAAGCUGAAGAUAACCCGCCUGAUGCUGGCACGGAUAUUGAGCUAUUUCCAGGUCAUGCAAGGCUAUCUCCACUUCGUUUCGGUCUUUGGUCAACAGUCGCUGCCUUACAACACACGAUUCAGUGGCUUUCGCUCAGAAACGGUGAUUUCUGCCCCUGCUCCGGGGUGCGAGAUGCCGGACUUGAAAAGGAGUGGGCGCCAGUACCAACUUUGCUACAAUCUCAAGUCUGUGGCGUGCACUUCUCCCGUCACAGAGCCAACGAGGACGAAACAAUGGUCUAUUCGACAAGUCGCUCCUUACCAUCGUUUUGAUGUGGUGUUCGGGACGGCAUUGUGGCUCAUCACCAAAGGUGAUCUUUUAAUGGAAGAGUACAUCAGGGAUUUGGUCGGGCCGCAAGGACGUCUUCAGGACAGAUCGUUUGGAAGCCCUUCUGAAUGUUUCGUAUCCAGCCUUGCAGUGCAUCUACUGUUUGUCAGUUGGGCAGCGGAGGGGUGGACCGCAUAUCUUCGAUGGCUCGAGGAAGUAGUUGAUUCGGAGACCAAAAUUGCCGUCAUUGGGCCACGAGGCUUUGGGGACGGUCGGCGUGAGUAUAAGCCGGAGGACCUACAGAGGGUUCAACAAUUCGAGGAGAAAGCAAACGAAGCCACCAUGGUCUUAGAAGGAAACAUUGAUGUACUUACAUCGCUCCGUGGCUACUACGAAGAGCUCCUCCACCACCGGGACUUUGACCUGAAAGCUUCAUGCGCUCAAGAGAUUGGGACAUUCGCGACCCAGGUCAAUGAUGCCGUCUAUGAGACCAGGAUGCAUGUCUCGCGAGCCAAGCUCCUCUUGCGCAUCAUCUCAGACCGAAAAUCACUGGUCCUUCAACAUCUGCAGACCCAGGCUGCAGAGAAGAUGGAAAUCAUGACCGUGUUGGCUCAAAAGGAAGCCAUUGCGAUGCGCGUCAUCACCGUGGUCACGCUGAUCUAUCUUCCAGCAACAUUUGUCUCGACCUUUUUCAGCACCGACGUUGUGAAAUACCAGAACCAGGACGAUGCUUCAGGCGCAAGCUUUUCCGAACUGGCCAUGCUGAGAUGGAUUCAAGUCACACUUCCACUGACCUUUGUGACCUUGAUCGGAGGAUGGUGCUUUUACAAGCGAUCCCAGAGAAGGCAACACGAGCGUCUGCCUUUCUACGCACCCCUGGAGCUCAAGCAAACGUGAGGCAAACACAGACGCCCUUCUUACAUGGUCUCAGCACCAAAAUGAGGUUUUGGUCGGUGUAAAUAGUUGGAUGGAGAAUCUAGAUCUCAUAACGUCGGCUGCUUUCCUCAUG